AUGGUCACAGUCCUUACUCACUGUGAUCAUUGGUUGACUGAAUCUUGUUUUAUUUUUGUCAGAGUUUAUAACACUUCUGAUUCACAAGUGACAGUAUUUGCAGAUAUUUCUCCUUUGCUAACCUCUUUGCUGGAUGGGUCCAAUGUGUGUAUUAUGGCUUAUGGGCAGACUGGUAGUGGGAAAACAUACACAAUGUUGGGCCCACAGCUUGAAAACAGUUUCCGUUUCUCGGUGGAAGGUGAGACAGAAUUAGGAAUCAUUGCUAGAGCCAGCAAAGAAGUAUUCAGGCUUCUUUCAGAAAAGUCACCAGGAAGCCAUUUGGUUGAGGUUUCUGUUGUAGAAGUGUAUAAUAAUGAAGUUUUUGAUCUUCUGGCCAAAGACAACUCUGGAAGGAUGAAUGGUAUCAAAAGGGAUAUAAUGACAAAUAAAGAAGGAAAGAAUGAUAUUCCACUUCUUACCAAUGAACCUGUUGAAGAUGUUGUGGAAUUCUUGGAGCUUGUGACCCAGGGGCUACAGCUGAGGGCCAAACACUCAACCCUUGUACACACUGAUUCAUCUCGUUCACACCUUGUGAUAACUUUGACAGUAACCAUCAAGGGUUCCUCAGAGGAUGAUUUUGCUGCUCCCUGGACAGGUGACCAUUCUAAUCCAAAGCUGGGUAAAGAACAUUUCUUCACUUCUGCUUGCUCUUCUAGAGCUUGUUCACCAGCACAGCUUUUCAGGGAAUCUGUGGAGAGACAGAAGGAAAUGAGAACAAAACUUCAACUGGUGGAUUUAGCUGGUAGCGAAAGUGUUGGUAUGUCUGGUGUAACUGGGUCACUGUUGAGAGAGACCUCCUUCAUUAAUCGCAGCUUGUCUGCUCUAGCAGAUGUACUUGGAGCCCUAUCAGAACAGAACUCUCACAUUCCAUAUCGAAAUAGCAAACUUACACAUUUGCUACAGGAUGCCAUAGGUGGUGAUGCAAAGUUGCUGGUGAUAUUGUGUGUCUCUCCAAGCCAGAAGUACAUAACAGAGUCACUUCAAACCCUAGGAUUUGGGUCCCGUGCUCGGAAGGUUCAGAGACGGCAUGCCAAGAAAAGAAAUGAACUGGCACUGAACAAAUCCAAAUAA